GCUAAAUCCUGAGCUAACGGCGCAGCGCGAGCGGCGAGUUUGAACAAACAGGGCUAAUUAGUGCAGAGUGCUGUGUGAGGGGAGCGCGCAGACACGGCGGGGAGCUUUACCGAACCGAGCGGGAGGAGAAUAUCGAGUAAACGUCGAUACGGAGCUGUAGGUGAACUUCUGGAGGCUGGAGCGGAGCUGUGCGCUGGACUGCGCUGGACUGUCUGUCAUCCAGAAACGGCUCCAGUUCAUUUAACAAACCAGCUCCCCCGCGAUAAACCGAGCAGCCGGAGGGUCAGCGAGCUUAGUUAGAUUAACUAACUGAACUGGACUGGCGCUCUGUACCACUGAAGGAGAGCGUGCUGACUCGUGUUGUGUGGAUUAUUAUUGUUUCUAAGUGUUGUUGGGAUAUUUGGAGAUCUCUGGUCAGGCUGUAAAUUUACAGUCUGAGUCUGUUCGGCUGUGGAAGAUGUAAGCAUGGUCUUUCUGUCAGCACUGGGGAAGACAUUCAUUAUUUUUCUUGACUGUUGAGAUUGAAGCAGCAGAGGCCGUUCUAAGAGACAUCAUGGAACUGUUGUGGAUUGUUUUUGUCCUUUUUGACAUUGUUUUCCUGACAGACUGCGCUCGGGGUCCUCCACGUGUUUCAGAGAAGGUUGCCCAUCGGCAGGCGGUUAGAAUCGGACGCACCAUGAAGCUCCAGUGUCCAGUCGAAGGCGACCCGCCCCCUCUCAUCAUGUGGACAAAAGACGGGCGCAACAUCCACAGCGGCUGGAUGCGCUUCAGGGUCCUCCAGAAUGCUCUGCGUAUCAAGGAGGUGGAGGCUGAGGACGCCGGCACGUUUAUCUGCAAAGCUACAAAUGGCUUUGGCAGCGUCAAUAUCAACUACACCCUUAUUGUAAUAGACGACUCGAGCUCGGGGAGGGACGGUGCUGGAGCAGCGGGAGAUGGCGAGUACUCUGCUGACCUGCCGGGAAAACUAGUGCGGCCCCGGUUCACCCAGCCGGCUAAGAUGAGGAAGCGGGUGAUAGCUCGACCCGUGGGCAGCUCGGUCCGGCUGAAGUGCACGGCCAGCGGGAACCCCAGGCCCGAUAUCGUGUGGUUAAAGGACAGCAGGCCCCUCACGCCUGAGGAGGUGGGCGAAGGCCGCAAGAAGAAGUGGACCCUCAGCCUGAAGAACCUCACCCCGGAGCACAGCGGCAAAUACACCUGCCACGUGUCCAACCGCGCCGGCGAGAUCAACGCCACCUACAAAGUGGAAGUCAUCCAGCGCACAAACUCCAAGCCCAUCCUGACAGGUACCCAUCCUGUAAACACCACAGUAGACUACGGUGGCACCACGUCCUUCCAGUGCAAAGUACGCAGUGAUGUCAAGCCCGUUAUACAGUGGCUCAAGAGGGUAGAGCCUGGAGACGAGAGCAAGUUCAACUCCACCAUCGAGGUAGGAGACCACCACUUUGUUGUGCUGCCCACUGGAGAGGUGUGGUCUCGGCCAGACGGCUCCUACCUGAACAAGCUGCUGAUCACCCGAGCCAAAGAGGAAGAUGCUGGAAUGUACAUCUGCCUGGGGGCUAACACUAUGGGCUACAGCUUCCGCAGUGCCUUUCUGACUGUGCUGCCAGACAACAAACCUUACUUCUCCCCGAUCCCUGCCGUCUCAUCCCCCGGCCUCCCCUGGCCUGUGAUCAUCGGCAUCCCAGCUGGAGUGGUCUUCAUCCUGGGCACCAUCCUGCUGUGGUUCUGCCAGUCUAAGAAACACUGUUCCUCAGGAGCUAUGGUCUCAGCUCAAGCUCUUCCCAACGGCCACCGGCAGCCUCAGAGAGAGCGACCGCUGCAGGGAGUCGACAAGGACUGCAUGGCCUCCAUGACCUAUGAGGAGUACCUGACCCAGCAGCAGCAGCAACAGCAGCUCCUCCUGGCCCAGAGCGGCCCUAAAGUCUACCCAAAGAUCUUUACAGACAUCCACACACACACCCACUCGCACGUGGACGGCAAAGUUCAUCAGCACCAACACAUCCACUACCAAUGUUAGCCUCAGCCCUGAUGGCCAGUCUGCUUUCUUUUGGUUCUAUCCCGCCAGUCGUAGCUUCUCUUUUUCCACAGAACACAGUUUGGAUCUGCAGAACAGUCGAACUUUGAGCCAAAUUUUGUGGGUUUGGACCAAGCUGCACCACUGUCACACAACUCUACAUCCAGUCUAAAGGACUACAGGACUAAACAACGACUAAACAAAGACAUUUCAUCCAAGCUGCUUCACACUAAACUAGAGUCUGACUGACCAGAGUCUCUAAAGUCUUCCAUACUGGAUGAUCCAUCAGGUGGAAAUGAUCAGCCAAGAUGAGGCAAAAACAUGGAAUACACAUAAACACGACGAAAUCACAUUAAUAAAAAACGUGCAUGGACUUAAAUCAAGAAAAUGCAAGUUUCAAACAGACUUCAAACUUCCAAAAGACUGAGUAACACAGCAAAACAAAAGGAGGUGAUUAAUAUUUGGACGAUCCACAUAUGCACACAAAUGCAUCAAUGAAUAAAGUGAAUGAAUGUACUAUCUCUUCUUCUCACCAGGCAUUGUGAGCAUCAAGCUUUGCCAUCUUUUUAGUCACGCCAACAUCCACCUCUUCAUUCAGCCAGCUUAAAUGCUCACUAUGUUUGUGGAUGGGGCCAAAAAGGAUCCAUUUUUAUCAGCACCAAAUUUCAGUGAAGUGUAUUUGUAUCACUGGAUGCUAUUCAGAACGUUUGCAGGUAUACAGAAUUUUUCACUGACUGUAGAUACACCCAAACCAGAUUCCCUCAGACACCGGUAAGUCUUUUAAAGCUAGAUGAUUGCAUGAGGAUCUAUAUGUACAUGUUGUUCUUGCAGACAUCAUUCAUUUCAAGCAUUUGUUUUAUUUUAUUUUCGGACUGCUUGAAUAUACAGUAUCAAUGGGACUGUCAUCUUCGGUACACAAGCUGUCAUAUCAUUUCAUUUUGAUUGCAAAACUAGCAAUAUAUUUAAGUAUAUCUCUUCUCUUCCACUUGAUUGGAAAGAAAAAAAAUCAGAAGUGCCUGUUUUCCAUAGAGUGAUGUCUCUACAUGGAUAUGUAUGGAUAUUAUAUUUUGUUGGUGAUGUUUUAUAAAGUUCAGAAAAAGGAGAACUCUGAAUGUUCUGAGGUACAACUGUCACAGAUUCCUGCUUUUGCUCAGGUGGCCCUUUUCUUUAUAUACAUAAAUAUAAAGAAUAUAUAUAUAUUUAAUCUUAUGCAAAAUUUGGGCUCCCAUGGUGGUUGUUUUUGUUAUUUUUUCUUUUUUCAUUACUUAAAAUAUAAAACAAACAGAACUUCUGUAUUUAAUCAGACAUAAAGCACAGCAAUUUCUUUUGUCUUUUAUAUCAUAAAAAAAAAUCCAAAUAAUGAACCUGCGCUGUACAAAUAUUUGGGCACCCCAAAUGUAUUUCUUUUUAUUUCUUUUUUAUAGGAAUAAUCAAUACUUAGGCAUGUCAGCUAUUAGAAUUAGAAUUCUGUAUUGUUUCUACAGUAUGGAAUAUAAUUAAGAAAUUACAGUUCAGAGGAACUAUUGAGGUCAAUAUGAAAUUAGAAAGACCAAGUAACCUUUCAGAUAAAUGCUCAUUGAAUAAACUCUUUUUUUACAAAAAACCCAAUAUAUAAUGUGACAAAAAGGAAAGUUUAGCUGAGCCAAGAGCGGUGCACUGUUGUAGAAACCUAAUGUUUGAAGUAUACUAAAGUACCCAACAACCAGAGAAGUCAGGUGAGUUUGGAAACAGGUGGUGCUGCUGAAAUAGAAACUCUUUGGCCUUAAUCAGAGUAAAGCUACACUUGGAGACAAAAUGAACCUGCAUUUGGUGCCAACUGUGAAGCAUGGGGGUGGAUGUUUCAUGCUUUGAGGUUGUGCUGAUCCGAAGCAUUCUCAAGCUGUGAUUUCUGCCAAACGGGGGUGCCCAAACUCUUGCACAGCUGUUGUAAAAAAUAGAGAAACUUUGCUUUAAAAUCAUUGGUUGAAAAUCUUGUUUUUUAUGUUUGAUUAGUUAGUAGCUGCAGACUCUGUCUAAUUAUCUACUAAUUAUCAAUUAAAGAGUCAACAACAAAAUGUGUCAUUUGGCCAAGGGUGCCCAAACUUUUGCAUUAGACUGUUUCUUUUUUUUUUUUUUUUUUUUGCCUAUGGACGUAUUAUUAUUAUUAUUAUUCUUAUUAUUAUCAUGACCACUAUAUGGAGACUGUGUAAAAUGCCUUUGACUGCUUAAGCAACAGCAGGCCUUUUAAUUUAGUUAGAUUAAUUUUUAAUCUAGAUCUUCAUAAUUAGACUGAAACGAGUGUGAAAAUGAUCCCAGCUCAGAUUUUACCCUGUGUUUACCCCAACGCUCACAAUAAUGGGUGAGUGCUGAACAGACUGCAGAGCUUAGCAUCCAUAGGAAUGCACUUAGCCCACAUAUUUCUUUUCGGUGGUGAGAACUCUGAGGACGCCGGUCCGUGUUGUUUUAGUAAGUAGCCCGAAGUGGAAAUCUUGUACGUGUAGUUAAUUUAUUGGCUAGCAGUGUGUUUUUUUUUUCUUAAAUUGGGCAUUACAUCCAUGUUGUGAACCAAAAAAAGACAAAAUCAGUUAAUGUUUUGUUUUUCUUUUCAUUUGUAGCUGCAAUGUAAGCUAUGUAGCAUAUAUCAUGUGUAAAAUAUUUAUAUUUGCUGUUUAAAAAAAUACAGAAAGUUAGUAAUUAGUUAUCUUUGUAUGGACAAUCUUGUACAGUCUGGCCUCUUUUUAUGUGUAAGAAAUGUUUAUUUGUUGUCACGUUGAAACAUUUAAAAUCAUUUUAUCGUUGCCAAUAAAAUGAUGAAAAACUU